UAUGGGAUCACGUUAGUUUCUUUUAAAACGGAGAAGAAGACGAAACUUGUUUCUUUUGAGAGAUGAGAAACUGUUACAUUAAAUUAAGAGACAAUUAAUAACAAAAUUUAGAAAGAAUAGAAUCAUGCCACCUCAGUGGUUAGUAAUUGGUAUUUCGGGAAUAACGUGCGGCGGGAAGACUUCAUUGGCAUUAAGUUUGCGUGAUUUCUUUAUAAAUCGCCGAACUUCACGUCUUUGGAAUUCCAAGUAUGUCAUUAGUGAUGUACAAUUGAUAAGUCAAGAUGACUAUUUCCUACCUGUCGAUGAUUUGCGCCACAAAUGGGUGGAAAAGUUGAAUGCCAUCAACUUUGAAGUACUAACUUCUUUAGACAUGAAACAAAUGUUAUCUGACAUCACAUGGACAAUGAAAGGACGCUAUUUAGCUGUGGAUAACUCGUCAACGACAACUCCACCAGAUUACUUAGCCGAAAUAACGACAUUCCAAAAUGCAACUAAACUAAACAUUCUCAUUAUCGAAGGCUUCCUAAUAUUCAAUCAGCCAGAAUUGCUGCAGAUUUGCCAAUUGAAGUUCCAUUUCCAUUUGCCUUAUGAGAAGUGUUUUGCGAGGCGGGAACUGCGGACAUAUGAUCCACCUGAUGUGACUGGGUAUUUUGAGAUGUGCGUUUGGCCGUUUUAUGAGAAGAACUUUGCUGAGUUCAGGGAGCGAAAGGAUUUGAUUAUACUGAAUGGCGAAAUGUGUAAAGAUAAGAUAUUUAAAUAUGUUUUGCAAAGGAUUAAUGUAUAUUUGAGUGAGAUGAUGACAAGUCCAUGUUUGAUGGAUCAAUAGGUUUUUUUUUUUUUGUCGAUA